GGUACAUGUCUAAGUAACAUCCACAUGAGUGCCAGAUCCAAAAGCAUAACAUUGCAUUGUCACAAGAUGGUCAAUAUUAUUUGCUUCUCCUGAUAGUGGUUUUAAUAUUGUGACUGACUGGUGUUUUUUGUAAUGAAAAAGUACAAAGGUGUGGGAGGAUAUGAGUACGAUGAAGGAAGUUAAAUGAUUAUCCUUUCUUAUCUUAUCUUAAUGAUAGACUGUAAGAUCCAAGCAGCAAAACAUAGUUGAAUGUAAGAGAACAAUCACCUGCGUGAUAACAGGUCGGUAUGCUUAAAACAACUCAUAGUAGGACAUUGGUUGUCCGUGUAUUUUACUCUGUAGUCAGACCAAAGCAGAUGGAUUAAAUGCAUUUUACCCGUGUUAAAUUUACACUUAUAAAGAUGUAUUGCGGGUUGGAGCAAUAAAUACAACUGCGCAUGUUCCCGUUUGUCUGUGUUCCGUGAACUAUCUUGGACUUGCAUUAUCUUUGGCUGGAUCAUUUAAAACCGGUGACGUCAGCUCAUCACGGAUUAAAGAUGGCGCCAUCUCCUGCCCUAAGAUGCUGUAAACGGGCUCUUAACUGGGUACCUGUCCUAUUUAUUAACCUGGUCGUUGGCUGGUCUUAUUACGCUUAUGUUGUGGAGCUCUGUGUUUACACAAUACCAAAUAAUGCAGAAAGAAUCAGCUAUUUGGUCAUCUUUCAUAUUUUCCUCUUCAUGUUUAUAUGGGCAUACUGGACGACUAUCUGCUCUACGCCAGCGAGCCCUUCAAAAGCAUUCGGUCUUCCCAAAGCAGAGAAGGAGCAGUAUGAGAGGGAGGAGCGAGCUGAGAGGCAGCAGGAGAUUCUGAAGAAAGUGGCCAGGAAUUUACCUGUUUAUACACGCACCCCUGGAGGAGCCAUCCGUUACUGUGACUACUGCCAGGUAAUCAAACCUGACCGCUGCCAUCACUGCUCAACAUGCGAAAUGUGUGUGUUGAAAAUGGACCAUCACUGCCCCUGGGUGAAUAACUGUGUCGGAUUCUCAAACUAUAAAUAUUUUGUCCUAUUCUUGGCCUACGCCUCACUCUACUGUGUGGUAAUUUGUGCAACAGUCGUCCAGUAUUUCAUCAAAUUUUGGACAAAACAGCUGCCUGACACGCACGCCAAAUUCCACAUCCUCUUUCUGUUUUUCGUGGCUGCCUUAUUCUUUAUCAGCAUUGUGUCACUUCUCAGCUACCAUCUAUGGCUUGUGGGAAAGAACAGGACCACUAUAGAGGCUUUUAGGGCCCCUGUCUUCGGAAAUGGUCCAGACAAAAAUGGGUUUUCUCUGGGCUUUAGCCGAAAUGUAGCUGAGGUGUUUGGAGACCAAGGGAAGCGCUGGGUCUUCCCUGUUUUCUCAAGUUUGGGAGAUGGACACUCUUUUGACACCAGACUAGUACACAUUGAUCCUGAACAGGCAAACAGUGUCCUCCAGCAGAAUGGCAAAGGCCCUGCUGAUGGAGAGACCAACCCUUGUGUGCUUGGUAACAAUGUGCAACACACGGAAGAUGACACAAAAGAGAAAACUGAUGGAGGUCAGAUGGUCUCUGUGACAGUGGAAAGUGAGCCAUAGAGGGUCGCAGGCACAUCCCUAAAGAUUUCAACUAUGAUGCCUUAAACAAGGAGUACCAGCACCUUCGCAGGAACCAUACUACAAGCUCAUUUUGAAUUUCAGUGCAGUCAGUGUAUUUAUAUACAUUAAAUGGCCGUCCUUACAGCACCACAACCAAACUGUAGUCAUGCCAACAGAGACUCUACAGCAACCUCGUAGACUGCACCAGUCUGAAGCAAAGGAGAUAUUGUCUUUGUUAUUAGACAUUCAGAUAAUGUUGUUAUUGCAUCUGAAAAACUCUGGGACCUAAUUUUCACUGUUUAUUCAUUUCUAUUGAUUAAUUGCUUCACACAUUUCCACCAGAGAUUCAUCCUUCGUCAGUAUUAAUCAAGCAUAUAAUAACUAAACCUUGAUUCUGGUUCUCUUCAUGUGGCAGUGGGAUAAAAUAGCAAUAAAAGUCAAUAAUGUCAGAGUAUGUCUUAUCUGUUUUUAACUCCAAGCAUAGUGCAAUUAUUUUUAUUGAGACCUGACAAUGAUGAGAUGGUCUCAAAUUUAGUUUGCAAUUUACAUGUUUGAAGAGAUGUUCAGGGUCUUUCUGUUUACACAGAUAUUUAUUUUUUUGCAUUUCAUAUUUUGCAUACAGACUGCAUAAGCGGAAAAUGUGAGGACUGAAAUUCAGUUUAACUCCAAAUUUUGUGUUUUACAAAUAAUUAUUUAUGCUCAAGAUUAAUGUAAUGUAAAGGAAAUAUCAGCGAGAUUGUAACUGUGUAUUGCACUAUGAUUUGUAAUAUGUUUACAUUGUUUUAUAAAUUGUCUUUUUUAUAUAUUUUGAUUAGUAAUACCACGUUUUGUUUAUCUUCAUUUCAUUUUGAAACAAUUAUUGCUGACGUUUGCUCUUCUACUUCCUUAGAGGUUGUCACUCUUUUCAGUCUUUUACUCUAUCUAGUUGUCAAUUUUGGGGAUUUAACCUAUAAUUUAUUUUUAUUUAAGUUUUAAAAACACAAAAUGCAACCUCAUUUGAAAAAGUUCAGAGGAUGUCACUCAAGUCAGGGACAUUUGUUCCACGUUGUCCUUGAGCCUAAACCGUCAUAGAUAAGGUGGAUUUUAUGUACCAGUAUAUAUCAGGGAUGAAAGAGUGUCAUUACACAUGCUGUUCUGCAGCCACCUCUUUUAUUGUAUUACAUUCCUUUUAGUGGCCAUGAUGCACAGAACAGUGUGGGAUUUGCUAGAAUGAAUAGUGCAGUAGAUAACAAUUAUGUGUGGAUAUCACUUGUAGCUUAUUUGUGAAUGUACUCACAGUAGUUUAAUAACUAACUUCACUGAAGAUUCUUCCAGCUGGGUGGCCAUGAGCAUUCAGUAACAAUAAAUAUAAUGUAAGGAA